UUAUAGACUGAUUUUUAUAAAUAGACAAAAUAAUUGGAAUAUUAUAUAUUACAGUUUAUGCCUAUUGACAUGUCUGAUUGGCGCCGAGAUCUGGGGUUACUGGCGCGAUUUAAAAGAUGGAUGGGAACAUAGUACCCGACUUAAAUCGCAAAACGCAAUAAUUGUCACUACCAGCGACGUCGUGGGUGUAAUGAGUCUCACAGCUGCUUCUAUAAUUGGUUCGAUUCUGUGCUGGAAACACGUGCAAACCAUCAUCGAUAAACUAAUCGAUUGCGACGAGAAGUUGGGGAUUGUUUCGCCGAAGAAGAUUCGGCGAUACACAAUCCUCUUGACGCUGAGCAGCCUCUUUUAUUCCAUUCUCAUCUCGGGUCUUGAUAUCUACACAUGGAAUUAUGAAGUGAAGCUGAAUAAGAAAAUGAAUGACAAAGGUCCGAUCAAUUACGUCCCUCUAUAUUUCAUGUAUAUUGUCAUCAUCAUGAUGGAAGUCCAGUACGCUAUUGCUACGUACAAUGUGUCCCAGAGGUUUUAUAGACUCAAUAAGAGUCUAGCGAAUAUCCUUAAGAGUGGCAAGAUUACAGACCAGUUCAGAAAGGAUCUUGGAUUAGCUGGUGACUUUCAUAAUCAAGGCCAAUUCGCUACAUAUAUUCGGCAAAACAUGGAAAGUACACGAAUGUUUCGAAAAUCGAAGAUCAUAGAUUCUUCUGUCACAAAUGGUAUAAUCCCAUAUUAUGUAUCUAGAAAUAUAUUCAAAUUUCUAAUUUUUUUCAAUUUUUCUACCAUGUUUAUGAAACAAUAA